AUGCCUAUUAUGUCUUUUGACAUCAUACUCUCUUCAUUUUUUCCGAUGCUUGUUCUGGUGUCCUACUGUCGUCAGUUUCCGUGCGAGGAUACGUCAUGAAAAAGCCGCUCAGCUCCGUUAUACAUCCCGGCAAUGCUCUUUAUCUGUUAGCGAUCUUCUUCUCCAACAGUGUGCAAACAACCAGCACUGGUAAUUUCAAGAGGCAGGAACUAGGAUGAACCCAGAAAUCCAGAAUGAAUCAGUGUGGACAAAAGUCAUCCAUCAUCCCAUCCUUUUGACCUUCACCUUGUUCCUUCAUGUCUUCCAGACCAUUAUCGACUGGAUAUUUUCUCCGGUUCCCCCGCCGCCUAUUAACCCGGAAUCCCCUGUUUGCGGCAAAAGAAUAGCUGUCAUUGGCGCUGGUUUAACGGGAGUGUCCUCUGCCAGUCAUUGCAUUGGUCAUGGCUUCGAUGUGACGAUAUUCGAAGCGCGCUGCAGAGAGAAUGGUCUUGGAGGUGUUUGGAGUGUACAGACGACCCAUCUGCCCUUCAGGCAAGCAAUUGCUAACAAUCAUAUAGAGGGUAAAUCCUUCUUCGGGUGUGCAGAUCCACGGCUUGCUCUAUCGCUUCCACCCAGCAGUACAUUAUGACAGUCCCUAUCCUUCCCAACGGGAGGUCCGGCGGCAGAUAUACAACCUGUGGAAGCGGUAUGGUCUGGAACACCGUACCAUCUUUGAUACCCCUGUGCGGUCUGUUAGACGGAACAAAGAAGGCAAAUUCGUCAUCAACCAAGACGAGGGCAAGUAUGGGUCUUUUGACGGUGUCAUUGCAGCUGUUGGGGUUUCUGGGGAUCUUAACAUGCCAUUGAUACAAGGGCAGGAAAAGUUCAAGGGCCAAAUAUCCCACUCAUCGCAGUUAAACGAUAAGGGUUGUAGGAAUAAGAAGGUAGUCAUCAUCGGCGGAGGAGCCAGUGCUGUGGAAGCUCUGCAGGUCGCAGUCCAGGCAGGCGCCGCGCGGGUCGAUGUGCUGAGUCGAACAGACAAAUGGAUCAUCC